CUGCGGGGAGCGCCGGGCUGAGCGCUGUGGGGCGAAGGAGCGACCUGGCCCGAUCCCGAUCCUUAUCCCGAUCCUGAUCCCGAUCGCGAACCUGCGUCCCGGCCCUGCCCGGCUGCCCCGGCCAUGCUGUCGUGGGGAGCGGCGGGCAGGCGGGCGCUGCGCUGGGCGAACGGGCGGGCACCGGCCCGCGGGUUCCGCGCCUCUCCGCGGGCGCGGAUCGCCAUGCCUAGCUGGGUCAUAGACCGGUACGGCAGCAACGAGGUGCUGCGCUUCACCAGGGAGAUGAUGUUCCCCAUCAUACACUUUCCGAACGAGGUCAUCAUUAAGGUUCACGCUGCGAGCCUGAACCCCAUCGACCUCAGCAUGAGAAGUGGUUAUGGUGCAACUGCGUUAAAUAUGAAGCGGGAUCCCCUGAAGCUCAAAACCGGCGAGACUGAAUUUCCUCUAACGCUUGGUCGAGAUGUCUCUGGUGUUGUUAUGGAAUGUGGACUGGGUGUGUCUUAUUUCAAACCUGGAGACGAGGUGUGGGCAGCAAUUCCCCCAUGGAAACAAGGCACUCUGUCAGAGUUCGUGGUAGCUAGUGGAAAUGAGGUAUCUUUUAAGCCAAAGUGUCUCAGUCACACAGAAGCUGCUGCCUUACCAUAUGUUGGUCUCACUGCGUGGUCUGCGCUUAACCAAGUGGGAGGACUGAACCAGAGUAAUUGUAGUGGGAAAAGAAUAUUAAUAUUAGGAGCUUCAGGAGGAGUUGGUACAUUUGCUGUACAGCUAAUGAAGGCCUGGGAUGCUCACGUGACAGCAGUUUGCUCUCAUGAUGCCAGCACACUGGUGAAAAAGCUUGGAGCAGAUGAUGUGAUUGAUUAUAAAUCUGGAAAUCUGGAAGAGCAGCUUAAAACAUUACCCUUGUUUGAUUUUAUUCUAGAUAAUGUUGGUGGAUCCACUGAGAAGUGGGCACUAGAGCUCUUGAAGAAAUGGUCAGGAGCAACAUAUGUUACUUUAGUGACACCUUUCCUGAUCAAUAUGGACAAACUUGGAGUGGCUGAUGGCAUGUUGCAAACAGGAGUCACUGUUGGUUCCAAAACUCUAAAGCAUCUCCUUAAAGGAGUCCAUUAUCGGUGGGCAUUUUUCAUGCCGAGUGGCCCAAGUUUGGAUGAAAUAGCAGAACUGGUUGAUUCUGGAAAGACACAAGAGUUCUCGUAAAAGGACAGACCAUCCAUUCAGAAGAGUAGGUGUUUGGGAAAAAAGGCAGGAGAGAAUCAAUGGAGAAAUUGUACCACAAUUUCCUAUAAGUAAGUGAAAUGUUUGUGUUUGGAUAGGAAAUAAUAAAGGAGAAAUAAAAAAAGCAGAAGGCAAUGAAGUGUUUCAAGAAGCUUGGGGAAGCAGCAAACUGAGCUCACGUAGUUGAACUUAGUAGUUGAGUGAAUAUUUUUGAGUAAUGCAGGAGUUUUUUUCAUUUAAGUAUUUUCUGUUAAAGACAUCUUAAUUUUGGGAUUGUAUGAAGUGAGUAAGAGAGCAAUUAGAAAGCUCCUGAAAAUGAAAGGCUUUUUUUCAGGAAUAAAUUAUAUGGGGGGAUUAAAUGUAAGAAAUUAAAAAGAGAUGAUGGUUUAAAGAGAUGUUACAGUAAGUGAGGUGUUGAAGAGCAUAUCUCUGAAACAUUUACAGAUAAUUUUGAUUUGACAGUGUUUCUCCUUGCAGUCCUUCUGCACCAACAGAAAUUUUUAGUUUUGAUGAGUUCAUCAUCUUCCUUUGUAAAAGCAAAAGGAUUCUCAAACCUUCAGUGGAUGGAGAAUAAGCAAUUUUGUUUAAAGUUACUUAGUUUUCACCUGGAUGAUCUUUGCAGCAAGGAAUAGAGAUUUGUAAAAUGUCAGCUCUGAGGAGGAGUUUUUUUUAACAGCCUUUUUUUAAUGGCAAAGCAAAGGAGAGGAUUUGAUGAGUUAGUAGUACAAGGAAAGAGAAUAAUUUUCCUUGUGUAAUUUACCUGCACAUCAGUCAGUUCUGGGAAUUGUAGAACUAUUUUCAGUUUACAAGCUGUUUUCCCUGCCUUGCAGAAGGGCAUCUUGCAAAGAAACUAUUGCAAGACUGAGGGGCUGGGAGGCUGCUGCAACAAUUGUGGGCAUGGAGAAAACCCCGUAUUUCCUUGACAAAUUUUAGAGAGACUGGCUAUUUUCUAAACUGCUGGAUAAUCCUGUUGUGGUUUGAAUUGCAGCAGUUAAUUAUGACCCGGUAAGGACUGGCUUAAUGUGGGCUCUGCCAAAUGAGUUGACAAAGCCCAUGUCAGAAGCUCUGUAUCUCUUUCCAUGGUAGAAUGUUCCUGGUGAAUUACAAUUCUCAUCUUAAGACAGCUAAAAUCAACAGAAGCUUUAAUUCAGGACACAGAUCUGCUGGCACACUGUUCAGUGAAGUAUCAUUACUGAAAGUCUCGUUAGGAAUUAAUUUGGUGUAUUUGUGGUCAGUGUCGUGGAUUUAACAUUGACAGUUUUGGUUUUUGCUGCUUGCCCAGCAUUUUCCUCCCAAGGACAUAUCAUAUAGUCCUUGCUGAAAAUAGACCAAAUUCAUGUAAGUAUUUAAGUUGGUAGAAGCCUCUAACUCAUAACUGAGUAGUUACUUUACCUUUUUUUUAAGCCUGGUGGAGGAAAGCAGGCUCAGAAGACUCCUUAGUGUCACAGGCAGGAGCACUGAGUGUGUUCUGUGUUCCUGCAGGACCAUAAUAGGAUGUGGGUUAACAUGCAGCCCAACAGAAAAGUGACAUUUUCAUUUUAAUUCUGUGCUAUUUAAGUGCAGUACAAGUGUGUGUGCAGUGUUUCUGGUGACUUAAUACUCUUUCCUUCAGAGCAUUGUUGCAUCAGAUAGGCUGAUGGGUGAAAGUUGUUUUUGCAGAAGGAAGGCUAAACAUCAGAGUC